GGACCACAGGGAAAUACUGCAAUAAUCCCUAAAUGUGAUGAAAAUAUAGGGUCUUUUUUUUUUUUAAUCUCCAGGAUAAUCUGACCUACAGAGGGAGAAAACACCCUUCAAUCCAUUUUUGGAAUUUGGAAUUAAUAUCUUAUUUCUAUCCAAAAGGUAAAGAUGUCGCAACAUAGCUCUGUCUUGCUGUUGCUCUGUGUGGUCCAGCUGCUCUCACCCUCCUCGGCCCUACCAUUCGAGCAGAAAGGCUUCUGGGACUUUGCCAUGGACAGUACUGACAAUGGCGGAAUAAUGAUGAGGGAUGAAGAAGAAGGCUCAGCCAUAGAAGAGACUCCCAGUCACAUACCCAUGUGCCCCUUCGGUUGCCAGUGUCACCUCAAAGUGGUUCAGUGUUCUGACCUCGGUCUGACUGAGGUGCCAAAGAAUAUUCCUACGGACACCAAGUUCCUGGACCUCCAGAACAACCGAAUCACUGAGCUUAAAGAGAAUGACUUCAAAGGCCUUACUAACUUAUAUGGUCUGUCUCUGAGAAAUAACCGCAUUUCCAAAGUCCACCCCAGAGCAUUCAUCCCUCUGAAGAACAUGCAGAAGCUCUACUUCUCCAAGAAUCAGCUGACCACUAUCCCCAAGAAUUUGCCUGCCUCUCUGGUUGAGUUGAGGAUCCAUGAGAACCGCAUCCAGAAGGUGGAAGAUGGUGCCUUCUCAGGAUUGGGCAGCAUGAACUGCAUAGAGAUGGGAGCAAACCCCAUCACAAACAGCGGGUUUGAACCUGGAGCCUUCACGGGACUGAAACUGAAUUAUUUGCGUAUAUCUGAGGCCAAACUGACUGGGGUACCUAAAGAUCUCCCCGACAGUCUCCAUGAGCUUCAUCUGGAUCACAACCAGAUUCAAGCUGUGGAAUUGGAGGAUCUGAGCCGCUACAAAAACCUGUACAGGUUAGGCCUUGGCUUUAACCACAUCCGCAACAUAGAGAAUGGCAGUUUGUCCUACCUCCCCAGACUGAGAGAACUGCAUCUGGAUAACAAUCGCCUCACCCGUAUUCCAAGAGGCCUUCCAGAUAUGAAAUACCUACAGGUGGUGUACCUCCAUAACAACAACAUCAACCAAGUGGGUGUGAAUGACUUCUGCCCUCGAGGAUUUGGGAUGAAGAGAACAUUCUAUCAUGGCAUCAGCCUGUUUGCGAACCCUGUCAACUACUGGGAGGUGCAGCCCGCAACGUUCCGCUGUGUCAGUGACCGGCUGGCCAUUCAGUUUGGCAACUACAAAAAGUAGAGAUGCGGAGAGAAAAGGGGGAUUCUGAGAUGGAGAGAGUGGGGGGGGGAGGUGAUGGAGGAAAGCAGAUAAUUUAAAUAAUGACAAAACGUGAGAGACGGAGAGAACAGAGAUAAUAUUUGAGAAUUAUUUUCUAUUGUUAUUAUUAUUAUUAUUAUUAUUGGGGUUUUUUUUUUUUAGAAAGAGAGUGAUUGAUGGAGAAGACACAGAAAGACAAGUGAAAACUAUAAAUACAUUCACAGAACCUGAAGGGAGUGGAAAGCAAAGUGCUUGCGGUACUUCGUCUGAGUUUUUGCAUUUUUGAAUUUAAGGGCUUAAAGUUGAAUGUUUUGCCAUUUGGAGUGGAGGAAAUAGAGGAGACUGUCUGAGAAGAAUGUUUUUCACCAACUGAAAUCGAUGAAUAAUGGGUACUGAAAACUUGUGAAGCAUUUCAUUCCAUUUUUUUUUUUGUACACAAUAGCGCUUAUUGUGAUAGAAGUAAUUUUUGUUUAACAUUUUGGUAAAUAAUAAAUAGAGGAGCAAUGCAUUAUAGAUUUUUUAUAUAUAUACAUAUAUAUAUAUAAAAAGCUCUGUUUGACUUUCUGUUUGUGCUGAUAUGGGAGAUACAUCACAUCAUUGUGCCUGUUUUACCGGUUUGAAGUCAUAUGGCCUUCAAUUCUGCAAUUAAUAAUGUCUUAACAAAGUUUUAGCCACCAAAUUGGGGCUAUUUUCCUUAAGAAAAACUGCACAAAAAUUUAAGAGUUAUUCAAAUUUAUAACCAGUCCAACAACACUUUUGUAUAUAUCAUGGGAGUUGAUUGAUCAAUAGGAGAAUAGGCACAUUUAAAAUUCCCCUCAUCAGUGCCAAGCAUAUUUUCCUAUUGAUCAAAAACCACCCUGCCUGUUUAAAGAGACUAUUUAGUACAAUAUUCCUUGAGGGAAAGUAAAGUUAGCGGGAGCCUGCCCCAGUUAGAGAAAACACACAUCCGCUUUGCUUCAAAACAAUGAAGGCAGUGUGUUCACAUAGUGCUACAAACAAUAGUAGUGUUGAUGCAUUGUUUUGCACAGUUUUUUAUCUGUUAUACUUUAUCUGCUUGGGGGUUAUUGGGGGGGUGGGGGGAGGGUUAGUCUGUUUACUUAUGUCGAAAUACUUUAGCCGUAAGUAUUCUGUCCUGUCUCUGUUCUGUAAUCUGACAAGCUACUGCUGCAUGUGAAUAAAGACAUUUCUAGCCUGCUGCAUUAAGCCAGAGAACAACUGAUACCCCUGGGUGGAUGCUGUGUGAGAAAUAAAGAAAUAAUAUCAAAAAUGGAAAAA